CCGCCGCCGCCGCCGCCGCCGCCGCCGCCGCCGCCGCCUCCGAGCCGGGCCUGGGGGGCGGUGGGGCUGCGCAUGGAGCCCCCGCCCCCCGGAGCUGCUAAAACUGCCGACGCCGCUGCAACGCUGUGCACAGCCUCUCAGCUCUAAGCUAUCUGCCCUCCAGGUACCCCUGGAAUGGCGUGAGCGCUCCCCCAGCAAUGGACCCCUCUGUGACACUGUGGCAGUUUCUGCUGCAGCUGCUAAGAGAGCAAGGCAAUGGCCAUAUCAUCUCCUGGACCUCACGGGAUGGUGGUGAGUUCAAGCUGGUGGAUGCAGAGGAGGUGGCCCGGCUGUGGGGGCUGCGCAAGAACAAGACCAACAUGAAUUACGACAAGCUCAGCCGGGCUUUGCGGUACUACUACCACAAGAACAUCAUCCGCAAGGUGAGCGGCCAGAAGUUCGUCUACAAGUUUGUGUCCUACCCCGAAGUCCCAGGGUGCUCCACUGAGGACUGCCCACCACUGCCCGAGGUGUCUGUCGCCUCCGCUGUGGCAAAUGUGGCCCCUGCUGCUAUACACGCCACCCCUGGGGACACCACCUCAGGGAAGCCAGGCACACCCAAGGGCGCAGGAAUGGCAGGCCCGGGCGGCUUGGCGCGCAGCAGCCGGAAUGAGUACAUGCGCUCAGGCCUCUAUUCCACCUUCACCAUCCAGUCCCUGCAGCCACAGCCCCCACCUCAGCCACCCCCUCAUCCUCGGCCUGCCUCAGUGCUUCCCAACACCGCCCCUGCAGGAGCCGCAGCACCCCCUUCAGGGAGCAGGACCACCAGUCCAAGCCCCUUGGAGGCCUGCCUGGAAGCAGAGGAGGCCGGCUUGCCUCUGCAGGUCAUCUUGACCCCGCCCGAGGCCCCGAACCCGAAAUCGGAAGAGCUGAAUAUGGAGCCCGGCCUGAACCGCCCACUGCCCCCAGAAGUGAAAGUGGAUGGGCCCAAGGAAGAAUUAGAAGCUGCAGCUGGUAGGGAGGCGGGGUUUGUGCCGGAAGCCGCUAAGGCGGGGCCAGAAAUCCCUCCCACGGAGGGUGCCCCGGCCCGGCUGGCCGCGGUCGUUAUGGAGACGACAGCGCAGGCGGCGGGCCUAGCAGCUUCCACGGCUUCCGGCACAGAAAUCGCCCAGCCACAGAAGGGCCGGAAGCCCCGAGACUUGGAGCUUCCCCUCAGCCCAAGCCUGCUGGUUGGGCCAGGACCCGAACGGACGCCGGGAUCAGGAACUGGCUCUGGCUUGCAGGCGCCGGGGCCGGCGUUGACGCCGUCCCUGCUGCCGACGCAUACAUUGACCCCGGUGCUGCUGACGCCCAGUGCACUGCCCCCCAGCAUUCACUUCUGGAGCACCCUGAGUCCCAUCGCGCCCCGUAGCCCGGCCAAGCUCUCCUUCCAGUUUCCAUCCAGUGGCAACACCCAGGUGCACAUCCCUUCUAUCAGCGUGGACGGACUGUCGACCCCCGUGGUGCUCUCCCCAGGGCCCCAGAAGCCAUGACUUCCACCACCACCACCGCCCCCUGCUGGAGUAACUCCAUCCAUGCCCCCAAACUUCUCUGGACAGCUGUCUCAAGAAGAAACACAGUUCAACUGACAGACUCAUGCUUUGGUUGUGAUGGGGUGGGGAUUCUUGGGAAGAAGGAUCUCUCAGUGUCCCCCCCAUACACGCAACUUUGUUCUUCCUUGUCAAUUCCCCAGUGGCCGCCCUUAUACAUCCCCUACUUUAGCAGUGGGGGCGGUUUAUUUAUUUAUUUUUUGAAGGCCACUGGGAAGAGCCUGUCCCAUCCCUUUGGGGGGGGGGGGUUGGUGAGGACAUUUCCCCCAUUUCCACAUUUUUCCCCCAAGACAAGACACUCGGGGACUGGCAUGAGAAGGACUUUUCUUUAUUUAUUUUUCAGCCAGCCCUUGGGGAGGUGAGGGGGGCCUUUCUCCAUUUAGCAGUGUGGGUAGAAAGCAAGCUUGUUUUAUUUUAUUAUUCCUGGAUAUACCCACGGGUCCAGGAAGAAUUUGCACCAUUUUACGGUUUGGGAGUCCUGGCCAAGGAAAAAUCACACCCUUGGAAUAGGAAUUUCCAUCUCCCCAACCUUUCUUUCAGACAGUUUGUCCUUUUCUCAAUCAACUUUCUGUCCAGGGAGGGAUGCCCCUUUACCUCUUCUCCCCCUUGAGAAGCCAUUCCUUUGUCUGCCAAACUCCCUGGAGUCCUGCCUGUUACCUCCCAAUGGAGGGUUUUUUGGGGGUGUGGUUCCCGUCUGGGGGACCCCCUCCAACCAGUACUCCAGAUCUCCCUGUCCCCCCUCACACACAAACUCCCUGCCAUUUUGAUAGUAUAAUCUAUUUUUAAACAGGGCUUUUCAAUAGGGGAGAGGGAGAUCAUCUCUUCCUGUAUCUGAGAUGGGGGUGGGUGAGAAGGAAGGGAUUUAGGGGGGUUCUUCCUGCCACCCCCAAGUGUUUAUUUUUGAUACCAAACAUGUAUUUUCAACUCCCUCCCAGCCCCCCAAUUUCCUGCGGGCGGGUAUGAAGGACGCUUUAAGUGUCCCUGGAGUUGGGAGGGAGGAAUGGGGGACUUAAAGCCUGCCCUAUCAAUUCCAGGCUAGAGAGGGUGGGUUCAAAAGACUCCUGGGCUCACCUCCUAUCAGCAAUGGCCUAGCCCAAGCCUGGGGACCUGGGGGUUGGUGAUUUGGGGGACGGUGCUACACCUGUCUCCACUGUUUGUUUUACUUCCCCAACAUGGAUCUUUUUUUCUAAGAGUCCCAGAGAAUGGGGAAUUGUUCCUGUAAAUAUAUAUUUUUAAAGGUGAUGCUGGAGGCUGCUGGCAUUUUUUUCCCUGAUGUCGUCAGAAGUAAUUGAUGACAGGCAUGGCUUUGGGUGAAAGGCAGUAAGGAUGUGAGGCAGAGAUUAAUUGUAAGAGAAACAGCUUUAUGGUGUCUGUGUCACAAAUUGACAACUGUGUAUGUGUAUGAGAGAGAGAGAAACUGCAAAAGGCUGUGAUUGUGUAUAUAGAUAUGUGAAACCAUGUGCAAGAGUAUAGAAGCUGUGACCACAAACUUUUGACUUUGUGU